GUCCAUCCAAUCGAUGAAAUGCUUCAAAAAUACAUUGAUGUUGGAGAAUGGAAAAACGACUUUAUUUUUACCGACACCGAAUGUCGUCAAAUCCUUGGAGAGCUGGCUAGAACACAUUUUGGAAUGUGGGAAUUGAAAGAAUCUAGAACAAAUCCUGGAGAAUUUUAUUUUUUUAAUAAGAAGGAUGGAACGUGUCAAUGGAAUGAACCUGAUGCUUGGGUGGAGGAAAUUAAGAAGAGAGUUUCGAUUGAAAAGGUUUUGAGAAUUGAACAGGAUGAUGAGAAUAAUCAACUUGAGGACGAAAUUCUUGGCGAGGGUGAUAUAAUUGAACAACCUUUUGAGGAAGACAAUUUUGUUGUUGAAGAUCCAAUACAACGUAGGGAUGAGAAUGUUGUUCAGUCUUUAGAGCCAGCCAAAGAACAGCAACCAGUCGUUGAAAACAAUAUUGAAGAACUUAUUGCAUCACCAACACAGCAAGAUUUGCCACAACAAGAUAUGGAGGAAAUUGUUCAAUCUUUAGUUGACGACUUGAUUACUGAACGUGAAAAUCAAAUACUUAAACAACCUCAAUCUGCUGUUGUUGUGGAAGAGGAGGGAAAGAAGAAUGUUUGUGAAGGAAAUUUGGAAGGUUUGGAGAAUCCUUUGGAGACGGCUUUGGAAGUUCCCGUGGAGACGGCUUUGGAGGAGGCGGUGGAGAUGGCUUUGGAGACGGCUUUGGAAACUCCUGUGGAGACGGCUUUGGAGACGGCUUUGGAAGUUCCUGUGGAGACGGCUUUGGAGGAGGCUCUGGAGGGAGCUUUGGAAGGGGCUUUGGAGGGAGCUGUGGAGGAGGCUUUGGAAACUCCUCUAUCACCACCAGCAGCGCCACUGGCAGCAGAAGAACCUCCUUUAAAUAUUCAACCACCAAACUGCUCUCUCGCACUGAUUGAAAAAUUAAUUGAGGAAGAAAACAACAAAAUUUGUGAGGGGAAUGUUGCUGUGAAUCCUCCAAUACUUCAACAACAAGAAGAAGAGCAACCUGUUGUGAUGAAUAAUGGUGGCGAUGAAAGUACAAAUUUUCUUAGGCCGUUCAAUACAACUGAUUCGUUUAUGGCUGCUGCUUUGGGUGGAGGACUUAAUGAUGAUACAAUGGACAUUGCCAAUUUUAUCGAGCAAUUUGACGAACAAUUAAAUUCUCCUCCUCCAAAUACUCGUGAAAAUGUUCAACAAGUAUUAAGCAAUGAAAUUGUAAUUGAGAAAGUCUCAGCAGAAGAGGUCAACAACAACAACAAAAAUAAUAAUAAUAUUCCUCUUCCACGUCCAAUUAAAUAUACUAAUCAGACGGCGAAAAAGACGAUUGGUGGUGGACGUGGUCUUUCAUUUUGUCAAUUUUCGGUGACUGGACAGAAGCGUGUAAACGAGGCUUUAAAAUUUAAACCUAAAGAAGAAGCAAAACCUCCUCUUCGUCCUCAUUCUUCUCCUAGAAAACGUCCACCAAUGUUUAAACAUGCAGCUUUACAACGUGUUCGUAUUUCUUUGCCAGAUGUUGAAAAAUUGUUUAAAGAACCGGAAAUGGAUUGUAAUCAAUUGAAGAAGGCUAUUUUGGAAUUGGAACAAAAAAUUUUGGCUUCAAACAAAAAGGAACAAAGAUUUACUCCUCCUUCUACUUCUACAUUUACACAACACCACCAAUCAACCUCAACUUCUUCAACUUCGUUUAAGGCAAAAAUUACAAUUAAGCGUCCAGUGGCUAAAAGAUAUGGAAAAAAUAUUGACCAAAUUUGUUCAACAAGUACAGGAAAUAGACGCUCAUCAAGUUCAAGCAGUAAUAAUAAUGGUGGUCUUAAAAAGUUGAGGAUGAAGAAGAAGAAGAAGAAUGUUGUGAAGAAGGCUAAAAAGGUUUCUUUUUUUUUUUUGUUUUUAAAUAUUGGGAGAAGGAAGGUGUUGUGGGUGUGGGAAAAUAUUUUUUUUGAAUUAGUCAAGGAGGGUGGGGGAUGAGGAAAAUGUUUCUUCUUUAUUUUUGGAUAUUUUGAAAGUCGUUUUUU